AGAAGUAGUUAACUCUGAAGUAAUAGAUAACAGCAAAGACAUAGAAGUUAGUAUUAUAGAAAUAGAAGAAGCAGUUAUAUAUGGAGUAAUUAGAGAUAAUAAUUUACAAAACAAGCUCAGUAAAAUAGCAAGAUUACUUAAAGGAAAAAAAAAGCUAGAUAUACAUACAGAUAGCUUACUAGUAGUAGAAAAGUUAGAAAGAAGAGAAAUUAAAAAGAUAGAUAUCAGUUGGGUAGUAGCAGAUAAUA